UACAGGUUAAAAUGGCUGGGCUCAUGUAAAGAGACAACCAAGAGAAGCAGCAUUUUUUCUUUUUUGCAUGAGUGCAUUAGAUACCUGCAGAACAAAGACAGAUACUGCAAGAAAUGGUGAGCAGCCAACCUAAUCCUAUCUCAGACAGUGGCAAAAGAAAAAAGAAGAAAAGGACCAGAGCUUCAGAUCAUUUUCCAGGAAGAUUUGAAGAUUUAUACAAAUUUACUGCAGAGUUGCUUGGUGAGGGGUCCUAUGCCAAAGUUCAAGGAGCUGUUAGCUUGCAAAAUGGAAAGGAAUAUGCAGUUAAGAUAAUUGAAAAAAGUGCUGGGCAUAGCCGGAGUCGGGUAUUUCGAGAAGUGGAAACAUUGUAUCAGUGUCAAGGUAACAAGAACAUUUUGGAAUUAAUAGAAUUUUUUGAAGAUGAUGCAAGGUACUACCUUGUCUUUGAAAAGCUGCUUGGAGGCUCUAUCCUGGCCCAUAUACAAAAGCAAAAGCACUUUAAUGAGAGAGAAGCCAGCAGGGUAGUGAAAGACAUUGCCUGUGCUCUAGAUUUCCUCCACACGAAAGGUAUUGCUCAUCGAGAUCUGAAGCCAGAAAACAUACUAUGUGAAUCUCUAGAUAAGGUGUCACCAGUGAAAAUUUGUGACUUUGACCUUGGGAGUGGAGUGAAACUCAACAGUGCAUGUACUCCAAUAACUACGCCUGAAUUGACUACUCCAUGUGGUUCUGCAGAGUAUAUGGCCCCUGAGGUGGUGGAAGUAUUCACAGAUGAAGCCACAUUCUAUGACAAGCGCUGUGAUCUGUGGAGUUUGGGUGUGAUUUUGUACAUCAUGUUAAGUGGCUAUCCUCCGUUUGUGGGGAAUUGUGGCACAGACUGUGGCUGGGACAGAGGAGAAGUCUGCAAAGUUUGCCAGAACAAGCUCUUUGAGAGUAUCCAGGAAGGCAAUUAUGAGUUUCCCGAUAAGGACUGGUCUCAUAUCUCCAGUGACGCCAAAGAUCUGAUCUCCAAGUUACUUGUUCGAGAUGCCAAAGAGAGGCUUAGUGCUGCUCAGGUUCUGCAGCAUCCAUGGGUACAAGGGAAUGCUUCUGAAAGAGGACUGCCUACACCACAAGUUCUUCAAAGGAAUAGCAGCACAAAGGAGCUGACUCUCUUUGCAGCUGAGGCUAUUGCUCUAAACCGCCAGCUCUCCCAGCACGAGAAUCAUCUCAAUGAAGAGGAAGAAAGUAUUGCUCAGGCCAUAUGUUCCAUGAAGCUUUCUCCCCCCUCGAAGUCCCGCCUUGCCAAACGCAGAGCUAUGAGUCAGGCCACAAAAAACAGUGAAUUCCAACCAGCUACUCCUGCUGCCCUUUGAUACUCAUUUUCCAAGUGUCAGCAUUUGUGGGGGGGUCGAGGGGGGGAGUUGCUUUUUGUACAAUUAUUUUAAAACACUCUGGGGUUUAUUAGUGUUAAGAUUCUGUAGAACAAAACUUGUAAUGAAGUGAUUUAAAGGACAAUUUUCUUGGAAUGUCCUUUUAAAGUUUGAAAAAUUGAUGAAUUAUAUGAAUUUUUUUGUUGCUGCUGUGUUAAUGACACAACAAAACUUUAUUUGCACACCAGUUUCUGUAACUAGAGUAUACACUUCUGUGACCAGCCCUGUGACUAGUAGAAAUAUGAAUGAAUAUGCUAGUAGUAGUUGUAUAAUUCUGUUACUUGUAUCUACCAGACAAUUGUGGUGGCCCAUCCUCCAGAAAGCUUCACAUACUUCAGUUUUCCUGUAAGAGCAGAGUUUAAAUGGUUGGCAUAGGAAGUGACUAAAACAAGUUAGGAAAUGCCCAUUAAAUAUAUAUUACCCUUAACUUGUAUAUAAACAUGAUUUCAGAAUGGAUUGGGGAACAACUGCUUCAGUGCUAAUGUGUGAUCUCGGAACAUGCUUUUUUUGAGGAGGGGAGAGUAGGUCACAUCACGGGUGGAGAAAGCAUCUUAAGUACUGCAUUGGCAAAAAGUACUUUUUGAAGCGGCUUUUGAUAUAUACAAAUUUCCUGUCUUUAGCAAAGUCUCUCUUGUAGCGAAAAUUUCCAAGUCACCCAGUUACCUUGCUUCUACUUCAGGUGUUUAACUUUUGAAACAUUUCUGUAAUGCACCCGUUCACCAACCAUUACAUAUAGUGCUGUGGAAAAUUCUUCCCUGUGAUAGUAACAUCUGACAGCUCUUUAUUCUGGGUUUCGGCGCACACAUGUGACAUGAGAAAUGCAGGAAACUGCAGGUGUCUAAACAGCAAUGACAGAAUUUUAUAUUUUACAGUUCUUCAGUGCAGUCCCACCAUAGGAAAGAGCUUAUGAUGGUGCGUACAUCAUGGUGGUACUUUAAAUAGGUUGUGGCUUAAAGCAUUCAGGGCUUAGUGCAGCAGAUGUGCUGGUCUGCUGCUAGCUUCUGAUGAAAAUAUAUUGAAAAGUUCUAGGGUGCCUAUCAUUCUGCUCAUGGCCUUUGUAUGUCAACACAAAUGGUUCUCGAAUCUUUUGUAAUCAGAAUGUAUACAUAUUACCUAUUCUCUCUCACUUAAAUACACCUACUUCCCUACUUUUCCUGGUCGCUUGCAUAAGCUUUUUCCUGGUUUUGUGUGCAAUUUCCAUUGCUGUUUCCAUAAUGCCAUUGUGUUACAAUAGGCAAAAAUGUUGAACCUAGGUGUCUUGCAUAUUUGCAAUCAAUAUGGUCCUUGCCAUCUCACAAACAAACGAUUGGAGAGCACCCAAUUAUUUGAUAUUGUAUUAUUUUGGUAGGAGUUGCUUCAGGUUCAGUGCUGAAAUUCUAGUUGUGCAAAAGUUUUUAACUUUUGUCAUAAGCAGUAAUGUUCCAGUAAGAAAAAAAGAUGCACAAUACAGCUGGAUAAACCAGUCCAACACUGCCUUUUUAUUUUGGUCAGUUUAGGAAAAUGAGAUUUUAGAACAUGCAUUCCAUUAUCAUUCUAAAGUUGAAGGUGGAAAGGGGGCACCCACAAAAUGGACAUAUGCUAAUCUCAUUGUUUGAAAUUACACAUGUUGUCCCAUUAUCAUCUACCCCAUUUGCUUAGCUUGGCUAUGGCUGCCCUUCCCACAACAGAAUUGGAUUGGGCUAAUCUUGGGCUAUCUCAAGCCAUGCAGGCUCCAGUACAGUGCAAAUAAGACCAACUGACGGGAGCAAAAUGAUUGUUUUAAAAUGCAUCAUACCAUUGUGGUGCUGGUAUCUUUCAAAACACAGUAGCUUCUGAACAUGCAUGGUUCCACAAUUGUCUUUUUUAACACAAACUAAUGACCAUCUUCAAGGAAGUCUUGUUUUACUGAAAGUGCCAAAGUUGUUAACCCCAAUAAAUUGAAUUCCCUUUUAAAUUAGGGUUGGUAUUUCAAUUUGUUUGCAACUUUUGAAAAUUUAGGCCAGAGGAUUAUGAAAAACAGAGAAAAUGCUUUUUUAAAAGAUCCAUAUUUACCCUAUGCCUCCACUAUGCAAGAAGGAGAUCAACGAAUAAGCCGGGGGGAAAACUCAAUUCUUCUAACUCUGCUUGCCAGAACUGCUCUGCAUUUGGUCUUUAAGUGGAAAAUGUGUAUAUUAAAUACAUGUUGUUAUAACAUACUGGUAGUUAAUGUAAUCCUGCCAUUAUGUUGGUUUUAAAGAAUUCUUUGAAACUGUUACAGUUGUAAUGCACUCCAUAGUUAACUGUUUUUAAAAGCAAUGAAAAACUCAGGAAGAAGUACUGUUAUUGAUAACAUGCAUUUUAUUGUGUACUGUAAAUUAAAUUUACCUCAUUUCUGAA